ACGAUUUUCCGACCAAUCGGGAACGCUCUACUUUAACAACUUUCUAACCAGUCACGGAAGUUUACGUUGUUGCCUAGGUAUGUAAACUUCCGGUUAAUUAACAGGUGUUUUAAGCAAGUUUCGAUUUGCACAAAAAUUUAGUUGGAUACCGGCGAACAACAGAAAUGGAGCUAAGAGAAAGAAACAAGACAGAGGAAACUUUGAAAGAAAAACUUCGUGUAAAAUGGAACACGAGAGAUUUUACACCAAAGGAACAAAACAACAACUUAUUUGGAAUGAACUUUUUCUUCAUCUCCUUUGUGUCAUUGCUAAUUGAAAGUUUGUUUUAUUUGGUUCCUCGAGUAUAUGCUGAAACGAGGUGGAUCACGUCUUUGGUGACACUAUUUUUGUUUUGUGAGACAAUUGUAAAUUGGCAUAGGUCAUAUUUUGACACUGAAAAUUAUGUCAAAGCAGAAACAAAGGAAAAGUAUUUCCCAGAUUCAGAUGAGACUCCGGCUGACUGGAAGAGCUGCUUCAAGUGCCAGGUUGAUGUUCCACCAAGAGCAUAUCAUUGCAAACACUGCGGUAAAUGCAUGUUGAAGCGUGUUCACCAUUGUUUCCUGACAGGCUCGUGUAUUGGCUUUCACAACCAGAAAUUUUUCAUCAUGUUUUGCCUCUGGACAGCUGUUUGUCUGGGAUUUUGCCUAAAUCUCCAACUGUCAUUCCUGCAUGCAGAUCUACCUCUCAACUCAUUUGAAAUCUUCACAUACCUUCCACCAGUUGCUCUAGUCAAAUACAUCAUGGGAUCCAUCAGUUUUAUGCAGGCCUUCAUUGCCACACACUGCUUUAUAACUGGAGGAUCAUUUAUAACCGCAGUAUUAGCAUUCCUAUGGCAUAUUUUCCUUCUUUUCGAAGGUUUGACAAUGUACGAGGGGUUCAAGGGCAUUUAUGGGUAUGCAGGAACAAGGAUGGAAAAUAUCACGUCUGUGUUCGGGUCAGUCUUAACCAUUCCAGUUCUGUUAUUUGUACCUUACAGAUUUGAAAAUCCAAUGAAUGGGAUCCAGUGGAAAUUGAGAAAUAAGAGGGAUAAGGGACAUUGAUGACUGAUAAAAACAAACAAGUAGCUAAAUAACUUUUACCACAAGGCAUGUUGAUGCAAGUUCAGUUUGUCAGCUAUUACUGCAAUAAGUCCUGUUAUAGGAGAAAGGUGUAGUUUGAUGGAUUUAAGAAAGGUAGUGACAGUAGGUCAGCAGUUAUUAUAAUAGCAGUGAACAGGGUAUUUUGUUAGACAAUCAAAAGGGAUUAUCUAGUUUCAAAAUUAUUGUAACCAUGCUGUAUUUAUUUUUUAUUGAAACAGAAGUUAUAUCGAAAAUCAUUUUCUCACUUCAAAGUUCAAUAUUCAAUGCAAAAUCUUUAAAUAUAUUAAAAUAUUACUCUUUGUAAAAUUUAACAAAUUUGUUGUUUAUUCUUUAUUUAGUAUAUAUUCAAUUUUUAAAUAAUUUUACAAUUUGAUUGAUUCAAAAGAGACAUACAUGUACAUGUAGUGUAGCAUCUUUCAUUGCAAACAACUUAUUUGUCAAACCUCAGUUUAUUAAAAAAAAUCAUUUUUUAAAAUCAUAGAAAAAUCCCCAAUAGUUUUUUUUAGUAAAACAUUCUAUGUGUUGUAUUUAGACAAUACUGAGUAGGGCUCUUACAUGUUUCAAAUGCAAUAUUUCUUUUUAUAUGUUUCAAGUUAUAACUGUUAUUCUUUAUAGAACUUCUCAUUUAUUUCUACAUAUGUCCCUGUGAUAUAAAUUAGUUAUUGUUUAAUAUUUUUCAUUUUAAU